UCAACUCAAAGGAUUUACUUACCUACACUACGUACCGCUCUCUGCCAUCCACAACAACUAUGUGCAAAGGACUAGCUCUGUCUACCACCUGCCUAGAAAGGUACAUACAACUCUUCACUGUUGCUGUCGCUGGCAUUUGGAUUAAAGGAUUAAAGGGGAUAAUUAUUUGGCUUUCUAGCUUCUGUAAUGGUGAAAGUGAAGGCGGUUUUAGGGGAUUCUACAUUUAGACCUUUCAGCGAGGAGACGUAGCAAAAUAUUGUACUGAACAAGGACUCAAUUCAAGGACGUGCAUUAUUUAUCUCACCUAUGAUAUUAUUCUCUCUCCUUAGGGCCAAGGAACUGAAAGCAAGGAUGGUCAGCUUUCUGCAAAAACCCAACUGGAGUCUAUCAAGCUGCAAAAUAGGCAAAACUAGACCUACUCUGGAAGAAUGCAUGAGGUGGAAAGAGUCUUUCGAAAAGCUGCUGUCCAAUAAACGUAAGUAAACCUUACUCUUCACUGCACAAACACAUGUACACACAUACACACACACACACAAUUAGUUCUGCAGAGAUGCAAUGAAAAUAAUCCUUUAAGGUUAGAGUAGGAUAUUUUGUCCCAUUUUAUCCCUAGAUGCUUAUAGUGUAUUACUGGGAGCUUGCUAAUUACGAAGAUAAGAGAUUUGAUCAUCACAACAUCACACAGUCGCUGCUGUAGAAUACACAUGCUGGCACUGUGCUGGGGUUUUUUCCACAAGAUACAGACACAUGCAUACACAUGUGUACACACGUAGACACACACACACAUGUACACACACACUCAUCUACGCACACACAUUCCCACACAGUAGGUAAUGCAAGGACACAGAUGCUAGGAUAGCCUACGACAUAGCAUCAUUGUUAUUGAACUGUACCGAUAUUAAUCUCUCUCUCACUUUCUCUUUCUCUUCAUCAGAUGGACUGAUAGCCUUCACAGAUUUCCUGGUGUCAGAGUUCAGUGAGGAAAACAUUGCGUUCUACUUUGCCUGUGAGGACUUCAGGAGCACUAAGUCUGCUGCCAAGCUGGCCGCCAAAGCCCAGAGAAUCUAUGAUGAGUUCAUCUGCACCGACGCACCCCGAGAGGUAUGCAUCCCUCAACAGCUUGCUUUAUUCUCCCUCACCUAUGAAAUUUCUAUGGCAUCCCACUUUCAAUCAUCUUUAUUACAACUAGAAAUUACAACUUUAUUACAUCUAUAAAUAACAAAUACAAAAAUCUUCAUUCAGACUGCAGCAGCUGACUAACCUCUCUCUCUCCAUUCUCUCUCUCCAGGUGAACAUUGACCACGAGACUCGUGACAUCACCAGGGCCAACCUGAAAGAUCCAUCUACGUCCUGUUUCGACAUGGCCCAGCAUAGGAUCUACCUUCUCAUGGCAAAGGACUGCUACCCUCGCUUUCUCCGUUCCCCGGCUUACAAAGAUCAUAUCAGCCAGCUCCGUGCCAAGUGCACAUCCACCUCCAAGAAGGCGUGAACUAGUAGCAGUGGACCUAGUGUGGUCGUCUAAAGUUUGAACAGAAAAGGGACUCAUCGCCGUUGAGCGUUGACCAGGAGUGAAGCCUUAAGAUGGGAAUGUCUACAGAUCGAGAUGGACAGAUGGGGAAAUUCUGGUGCCAGCUAUUCUGAAAGAUGAGGACUGUCAAUUACCAUACAGCUCUGAAGGAGGGAAAGAGAAACAGAAAACACAAACGGAGUGAUACCCAUAUGGACAGAAGUUGGGACUUUAACAAGAACUGUGAUGCAAUAUCACCACAUGAUGUGGACUAUCAUUAGUGAAUGUACGGAGAUACAGAGUGGGCUGAAGAAAGUGUGUAAAGGAUGCAUUGAUAAUGAGUUGGACUUUAACAAUCAAAGGCACACUGAUACAGUGUCCCAGUCUACUGCAUCAAUGUCUAACUGUGUUCGUAACUAGACAUGUUUUCAGGGUUGGGUAUGUUACUUUGUAAAUGUAAUCCAUUACAGUUACUAGUUACCUGUCCAAAAUUGUAAUCAGUAAUGUAACUUUUGGAUUACACAAUCUCAGCAAUGUA